AUGGAAGCUAUUGUUGCCCAAAUCCGCGCCCUAAUCAGCCUGGCCGAUGCCUCUGAACGCAACAAAAUCGUUAGCAAUCUAAACGAGCUUCAUCUUGAGUUCCAGGACCCAAUGGAGCUUCUAUAUAGAAUUCACUGUUCUACUGUUCAAAUAGUAGUAGCCAAGGUAGGCGUUGAUCUAGGCAUCUUUCGAGAUCUAGCAGAGACAAACUCCUCAAAAACAACGACCCAGCUAGCACAAGAUACUGGCACUGAUAUUGAACUCCUCGAGCGUAUUCUCCGUUUCCUUGCAUCCAAAGAAGUCGAAGCCGCCAUUACGCAUGGACUUGGAACUCUAAGCCCUGCAGCAAAUGCAACACCAGCAUUCCUCGCAGAAACAGGGUACAAAAACAUCACAGAUUCAGGAAACACGCCCUUCCAGAAAGCAUUUAAUACUAAUCUAAAAGCAUUUGACUGGCUGCAAGGCCACCCAGAUUUAUUCGGUGCCUUGCAGGUUGUUAUGACGUCUCUUGAGUCAACCAAUUGGACCGAGAAUUUUGAAAUGUUCCAUAAAGAAGCUGAGUCCAUACUUCCUCGUGAAUCACAAUCUGCCGAGUCGCCAUUUCUUGUUGACGUUGGUGGUGGUUAUGGCCAUCAGUGUAUUCAACUUCUCAAAAAAUACCGCAACCUACAUGGUCGACUCGUGUUAGAAGACCUUCCUGAAGCUGUGGGAGGAACACAACAUGCCGACGGUAUAAUAUACCUUACACAAAACUUUUUCGAGAAGCAGGCAGUUUGUGGUGCCAAAUUUUAUUACAUGCGUCGCAUUAUGCACGACUGGUCGGAUGAUGAAUGUGUGAAGAUACUCAGACUCCUUGUAGAUGCCUUUGGGAAAGACUCAAGCAUCUUACUCGAUGAGAUUGUUUUGCCCGAUAUAGGAGCCCCUUGGCUAGCAACAAUGACGGACAUUUCCAUGAUGAUUUCAUUUGCUGGAGCGGAAAGAUCAAGCAAAAAGUGGCAUGAUAUUGCUCAAAGAGCGGGAUUGAGAAUUGUGCAUGUUCAGGUCUACGAUCACCAACAAGCAUAUGCCAUGAUCGUCUUGAAAAGGGCUGACUAG